GUGGAGAGGUGGACGUGGGAGUCAGCAGCAGUCGGGUCCAUGUACUCCCUAAAUGGACGUUUCGUGUUUUCUUGCCAUCGGAUCGCAUUAUAUUAAAGAGGAGCCGUGCGUCUCAGUCCUGCAGCCGUGAGAGGCACGGACCGUGAAGGCAUCACAGAGAGGGAGAGAGGACCGUGAAGACAGCACAGAGACGGAGAGGAAAAGGAGGGACGCACUUCGACCGACUCAAGAAAGCUUCUGGUCUGACAGACUGAGAACACAUUCAUUGAGAUAUGGGGUGUAGGCUCCCAAAGCUGCGGAAGACAGAAGAGAGGCGAAGCCCAGGAAAUAUCUACUCCACGCUCCGACGGCCUCAGGUGGAGACUAAAGUGGGUGUGGCAUACACCUACCACUUCCUGGAUUUCCUGUUGGGGAAAGAAGAGGUGUCGGUGUCAUCGGUGCUUUGUCUUUCUUCGGUCAGAGAGCUGCCGGUUCAGGUCAGGGAACUCUACGCCCAGGGAUUUGUCCUUGUCUCUGUGCAUCCCUUCGUGCACCCCUGCGGCCCUCGCCAUGCGCACAUCCAACGCCAGCUUCACCGGGCCGUGCUGGUCAAAGAGACGCCAAGCUCAGAGAAAAGCCAAAUGAGGUGUGCGAGACAUCGUCUGGAGACGGAUGUGUGUGUGGCGGGUCAUCAGGCUGCCGACCCAGAAGUUAUCCAGAGCUAUGUGAAGAGGAUCCAGGAUGUAGCAGAGCAAGGCGUGAUGUUUGUGGGCUUCGUUCAGCAGCCGGGCGGCGGACCGUGCUUCACAGGGCAGUGGGACCCUGAAGAGCUGUCAUCCUUGCAUUCAAGCCCUUCGCCCAUACACCGAAACCCCUUUAGCACCAGCACCAGCCCGACAGAUGUGACAGAACCACCUCAGAGUGGCAUCGAGACCGACCAUCACCCGUUUGGACCUCAGGGGUUAGAUCAUGAAAGUGUAGAAUGUAACUCGCAGCCUUUGGUGCCCAGAGAACUGGACUUAAGCUCUCUGAAACCUGCCCAGAGGUCAGAGCUCAGCAGAGAGGAGAGCUCACCUCAGAUCAUCUUGAAAGAACCACUAGAAUCAACAAACCGACCUCAAAGUCACAAUAACCCAGGUGUAGACACAGUUCUUUGUUGUCCGAGUCAAGACACAGGAGGUGCCACUGAGAACCAGCAAAGUCUUGGACAGCAGGAGCGUUGUCUACCACAACACAAACUCUUGACAGAGAGACGCUUUAACCUGCCAAACCAGAGAGGAAGACGAAGUGCAAGCAUGGACAGCUGGCUCAGCUCUCCAGAACUGCAGCGCAACGACGGAAAAAGGCCCAUCUCCGUCUGUACAAACGGACAAAGCCGGGAAACGACACACAACAACAACCAUAUCUCUCUGAAGAGUUCAGAGAAAGAUCAAAAUGCAUCUUCACCACCAGCACAGGCUCGGAUGCAGCUCUUUGCUCUGUACAACCACACAGGAGAGCUCAACACUUCACUGAGGUUCUACUCGCUGAGGGUGCCUCUUCGAGUCCAGAAGGAAGAAGGGCUCGUCACAGAAGUCGACGCGCACUGGCUCGACCACAUGAGUCAGCAUUUCAGCAGCGGUGCGCACCUCGUCGACGGGUUUUUCCAUCUCGAAGAUAAUAACGGCAGCAGAGUUUCAUCUGUGGAUAGUGUGUUCAUCUUCCAGAGCUCUGCAGAGGAGACCAGUAACAUCUCCUAUGAUGCUAUUGUGGUUGAACAGUGGACCGUUGUUGAUGGCGUCAUGGUCAAGACGGACUACAUCCCAUUGCUUCAGUCUUUAGCUCCAUACGGAUGGAGGCUAAUGUGUGUGUUGCCUACGCCAAUUGUCAAGACUAACAGUGAUGGGAGUUUGUCAACCAAGCAAAUCCUCUUCCUUCAGAGACCCAUUCUGCAACGCAAGAGGAAAGAGUUCAAGAUGCUGAGCCUCAGGGGUCGCAACAAGGCGAAGAAGAACUACACAGGAGAGGAGAGAGAGAUCAGGUCCCCCGUGAUGGAGGCAGAGAUGGACACGUUGGAAAGAAACAUAAAAGGAGAGGAAGCCGAGGUGACGGAGAGCGGGGAAAGCAGAGGGAAUCAAAGAGGGAGCAGAGCUCAGGAAGGUGGAGAGGACAGAGGAGAGGACGCAUGGCAUCAGAGCGGCUCCGUGUUCCUGUCGGGGAGCAGAGUCUCCGUUGAAGACCGGGAGGAGGAAACUGACAUUGACGUGAUCCCUCUGUCCCAGCAGGAGAAGUCGGUGAGAUGGACAGAUGUGUGUCAGAGCAGCAGCGGCGACGGAGAGAUCGCAGAGAAGGGGAAGAUGGAAGAGCAGAUCAAACAGCAGCUGUUCUCCGGCGUCUGUUGAAAAACGUGAGGCGGCAAUCAGGGAAGGUGAAGCUGAAACCUGAGUCCAUUAUCGAGACAAGUCCUUAAAGGGUUUUUAUUUACUGUGUGCACACCCCUCCCCCCCCAGAUGUAGUCACCUAUAAUGUAUUUAUAUAAUGUACAGUUGCAAACGCUUCAGUCUGCGCUCUACUGUCUUUCUUUGGGGUUUUAGCUACGAUAAAUAAGUGUUGUGCAGUUUUUCUGCUUCAGGUCAGUGUUAUUAUUUCAUGUCUAAUACAUGACGGACUGUACGAGACAAUACAGUAAAACCUUAAACAAGUA